UUCUGUCCUCGUCCUCCAUUCCUUCCACGGUGCUUCUCUCUCUCUCUCUCUCUCUCUCUCUCUCUCUCUCUCUCUCUCGAUCCUUUUUUUCGGGCGAACGAUGGUCCCUUUUUGCAGCCGCUUUCGUAACUCGCUUCACGGUUAUAUAUUCCGUUUUAACUUUCUAUCGAUAUUAAUGGUUUCUCUAAAUUUGUGCGGAUCGUUCUCCCUUUUGCCUGAUAUCCCUUCGCUAUCCGUCUCUCCUUCAGGAUAUACCUUUUCUUCGGGCUUUAUGGCUCCCCCUUUCUGCCUAUCCACUAUGCUGAUUAGUCACAUUUUACGUGAUUAUAGGCUGGACUUUUUUCGGUCCUUUGUAUUAUUCAUUGUGUUUCCGUGGGGUCGGCUGUCCCUUCGUAUAUUGUAACACGAUUUAAUGCAUCCAGAUGAUCUAUCGCAGUGUUAUGUGAUGAGAAAAUUAUUGCCUCUGGAGUAUCUCUUAUUUGGAUUCAAUAAAUGUAAAGGAAUAAAAUUCAUUCGUGCGCAUAGGAAGGCCUCUAUUAAUAGCUCGUUCGCGCCGCGAUGAGCCUGACUUGAUACGCAGUGAUACGCGUGAUGAGCCUGACUUGAUACGCAGAGAGAGAGCUACAGUCGCAGUUGCGCGUUGAAUAUAAAGUGGUUCGGAUGCUUCUUUGCUCUUGAAAACCUAACCUUGAAAUCAGCUGUCAUGAACUCUUGGAUCUGGAUUUUUCUGCUCUCUGUAGUGACGUUUAUAGUCAUCAAAGCAUACAGAAUCCGACAUCAUUUCGAGAAAUGGGGAAUUCCACAGUAUCCAGACCUACCGUUUCUCGGUUUUAUGGCCUCGAACUUCUUCCCACGUCUACACCUGCAUAACGUUGUCAGAGACAUGUACAACUGGAACCGAGAGGCUAAGUACAUCGGCUGUCACAUGUUCACAUCUCCGCAGCUCAUGUUGCGCGAUCUCGAUUUGAUCAAAGCUGUAACGGUGAAAAACUUUGAUCACUUUUCCGAUCACAAGACCUUCGUUGACGAAUCAAUGGAUCCACUGUUUGCCGGUAGUCUGGCUAUGCUCAACGGCGACAAGUGGUGCGAAGUUAGGAACGUGCUCAAUCCAGCCUUCACCCUGAGCAAGAUGCGGGUGAUGUUCGGAUUGAUGUCGAACUGUGCCGAGAACUUUGUCGACAAGUUUCUGGUGCUCUAUUCCAACUGCGAUGAGGUCGAGAUCAUGGAGCCUAUUAACAGGUACACCAACGAUGUCAUAGCCAGUUGUGCCUUUGGCUUCGACAUAGACAGCCUUGGGAAUCCAGAUAACGAGUUCUACAUACGUGGUAGAAGUCUGAUGAGUUCCUUAAAAUAUCUGAAGGUAUUCAAGAUCCUGUUCAUUCGUGCCUGUCCUAGAAUCAGCCAAAUUUUGAAACUGAAGAUCAUAUCCGAGCAAGACAAUGACUUCUUCGUCAAUGUUAUAAGAUCAGGCAUAGAGACUAGGCGAGAACAGGGUAUCACGAGACCGGAUAUGCUGCAACUGAUGAUGGACGUCGAGCCCAGUCUGAAUCUGCUAGAGAUGACAGCUCAGGCGUUCGUUUUCUUCCUAGCAGGAAUCGAAUCCACUGCCGUGCAGAUGUGCGUCAUCGCUCACGAACUAGCUGCAAACCCCGAUGUCCAGAAGAAGCUGCACGAUGAAAUCGACACCGUGCUGAGGGAGUGUGAUAACAAGCCAACCUAUGAAGCCAUGAACAACAUGGUCUACCUGGACGCGAUCUUCACCGAAUCUCUGAGAAUGCACUCAGCAUCUUUCAUGAACCGAAUGUGUACCAAGGAGUUCGAACUACCUCCGGCUGUUCCAGAUGCUAAGCUUUACAUAGUUCAGCCAGGCGAGGAACGGUUAAUAUCAAUGCCUGGAAUUCACUACGACCCGGACUACUACGAAAAUUCAGAGAGGUUCGACCCAGAUAGACACACAGGCAAGAGAGCAGCCCAGGGUGAUGCUACGAAUCUGGGAUUCAGACUGGGUCCAAGGAUGUGCAUCGGUAACAGAUUCGCCGUUCUAGAGACCAAGGUCAUGUUCGCGCACUUGCUCUCCAAGUGCAGACUGCAGCCUUGCAAGAAGACGUGCAUCCCGCUGAAGUACGACCCUGGCAGCUUGGCCGUGGUUCCCAAGGGAGGCUUUUGGCUGAAGGUUCUCCCGAGAAAUUGAUGUAACGCAUUUAUUCGCGACUGUAAAUAAAAGUAAGCUCUGCGACAAAGCCGCAGCGCGUUAAUCAGUA